AUGGGCGAUGUCGAUGAUGAUCGAAUGUCUACAUUUUCGUACGAUGGAGACGGCGAACCAGAUUCCUUUAGCCUUGCCGAAUUGCAAUCGGUCGUUGAUCUUCAUUUCUUGACAAGCUGCAAGCUGGAGAAACUGGCUGAGGGAGGUUAUCAUAAGGUAUAUGAUAUAUUGCGAUCGGAUGGUGCUCCUCUUGAUGCUGUCGUUCGAGUGGCCUCUCCUGCGUUUCCAAAGGACAAGCUUGAAUCGGAGGUUGCGACGUGCAAGAUGAUCGCUGCAUUCACAAAUAUACCUGUUCCACGAAUCCAUGCAUGGAACUCUGACGCGUCGAAUCCUGUUGGAGCGGAAUACAUGAUCUUGGAUAAAAUUAAAGGGACCCCUGCUAGCCAUAGCUGGGGGGAUCUCUCCGAAGAGGUCAAGAAGACCGUGGUGUCGCAGGUUGCACGCUAUUUCUUGGAGAUAUUCUCUCUUCGAUUUGAAAGCGCAGGAUCUCUCUACUUGAGCCCUCUUUCACCUCAAUUCCUCGUCGGACCUGUAAUCAGCACGCCGUUCUACCGUGCUCUCGAUGGCGUUGUCCGAGUUCCCGACGCGCCCAUCUCAAAAAACGACGAUCCCAACAGAGGUCCUUUCUCUACCGUAACUGAAUAUCUUUCAAGCAAUCUACGGGCAGAACUGGAUUUCAUCUCCAAUCACCGUUCGGUCGUUCUUUCGGAACUUCACGAAUGCGACCCUACUAAGUCGGCAGAGAGCCAACUUGAACUCGGGGAGCGUGUUAUGAGAAAGGCUAUUGAUCUAUGCUCUGUUUAUCCCGGUGAUACGUUAGUACCUGCCAAUAUCACCACUCCACGAAGACCAUUCUCCUUAAAGUUGGACGACUUCCGUUUAUCAAAUGUCAUGAUCGAUACCGGCUCAGGUCGAGUGACUGGCUUUAUCGACUUUGAAGCAGCUACCAUCGCGCCUCUAUGGGAAUGCGCAGUGAUCCCACGAUGGCUUCAAGACGCGGAUGACCCAGAAUCCAGUUACGAAGGCGGAACCAGCGAAGAAAGGAAUGUUUUGCGUGCUGCUUUUCUUUCAGCAAUGGAAGGGUCUGCCCGAUACCCAGAGUGGAGAGAGGCGUAUGACAUGGGUCGUCCUUUCCGUCGGCUUACAGACCUGUUGUCCUUCCAGGUCAGCGUUUGGGCUUCUAAUGACUGCGAGAUCUGGGUGGACGAACGUCUCGAAUGGGCUGAAACUCACCCCGGAAUUGGAUUGCCUGAACAGACUUGA